GGUGAGAACAUAAACAUGGAUGUGGUUUUGGGUGAACAAUAUGGAGAUCUAGAGCUCAGAAAUGAAUCAGAUAUUCCAGAAGUGCCCCUAUCAACAGACAGCACUCCAGAAAUUCUCAAGAGAGCUCUGUCAGGCUUGUCGUCCAGAUGGAAAAACUGGUGGAUUCGUGGAAUUUUAACAUUAGCUAUGAUUUCAUUAUUUUUCCUGAUCAUAUAUCUGGGAUCAUUUAUGCUGAUGCUUCUUGUCUUGAGCAUUCAAGUAAAGUGUUUCCAUGAAAUCAUUACUAUAGGCUACAGAGUCUAUCAUUCCUAUGAAUUACCAUGGUUUAGAUCCCUAAGCUGGUAUUUUUUGUUGUGUGUGAACUAUUUUUUCUAUGGAGAGACAGUGGCAGAUUACUUUGCUACGUUUGUUCAGAGAAGAGAGCAACUUCAGUUCCUAAUUCGCUACCACAGGUUUAUAUCUUUUACACUAUACUUGACAGGUUUCUGCAUGUUUGUACUGAGCUUAGUGAAGAGACAUUAUCGUCUACAGUUUUACAUGUUCGCAUGGACUCAUGUCACUUUGCUGAUCACUGUAACUCAGUCUCAUCUUGUCAUCCAAAAUCUGUUUGAAGGCAUGAUCUGGUUUCUGGUUCCAAUCUCAAGUGUCAUCUGCAAUGAUAUUGCGGCUUACAUUUUUGGAUUCUUCUUUGGGAGAACUCCAUUAAUUAAGCUUUCUCCUAAAAAGACAUGGGAAGGGUUCAUUGGAGGCUUCUUUUCCACAGUUGCAUUUGGAUUCAUUUUUGCCUACCUCUUGGCUCAGCAUCAGUAUUUUGUAUGUCCAGUGGAAUACAAUAGCGAAACCAAUAGAUUUGUUACAGAGUGUGAACCAUCAGAGCUCUUCAGGAUACAAAACUACUCUGUACCACCAUUGCUGCAGGCUGUGUUGGGAAGGAAAACAGUAAAUAUGUACCCAUUCCAGAUGCACAGUAUUGCAUUGUCAACAUUUGCAUCUUUAAUUGGGCCAUUUGGAGGCUUUUUUGCUAGUGGAUUCAAAAGGGCUUUCAAAAUCAAGGAUUUUGCAGACACUAUUCCUGGCCAUGGUGGAAUAAUGGAUCGUUUUGAUUGUCAGUAUUUGAUGGCAACUUUUGUACAUGUGUAUAUCACCAGUUUCAUAAGGGGUCCAAAUCCCAGCAAAUUAUUGAAACAACUGUUGGUGCUUCAGCCAGAACAGCAACUAAAUGUAUACAAAACUCUGAAAUCUCAUCUCCUUGAAAAAGGUAUCCUUCAGCCAUCACUGAGGGGAUAGUUGAACUGAAUGGUGGACUACAAAAACAAAACAAAAUUAAAACCUGCCUGAAAAGUACUGGAAGGAAAACAAGUUACGACUGCGCAUAGUAAUAGUGGUUGAACAAGAAAUAGAUAGUAGUUUUAAAGAAAUUAAUGUUUCUUUCCUGAAACUACUGUGAAUAUUUAAGAUGACAUAUAAAAUUGUUUGCUUGUAAAAUAACUGUUUGUUUAACAUGUAUUUUAGUUUCUGAAGUUAAUGCUGUCAGUCCUCCUUCGGUAUCCAGUCUUAAAGGUUAAAUAGCUUUUAAAAUAACUAUUCAUUUUCAGCUGAUAUAAAUCAUAAUAACUAGAUAGAGGAAAUGUUAAGGCUGUACUGGCACUGUGCAACUUAUAAAGCAACUUUUAAUGUAACUUAUCAGUACAGUUCCUUUUAAUGCAAGUUUUAUAGUACUAUAUAUCUUAGCAAUAAUUCUGUCAUACUUAGGCUCACAUGGUUACUGAAGAAUAACCGAAGUGCAGUAAAGAGAUUGUUUUAUCUAAUGUGCAAUUGAUUACAUCACUUGCCAGAAAAUAGUCUGCCUUGAGAGUUGCUCAGAAAACAGAGUCUGGAAUUUAGAAUCUAAUAUAUCAGGGUUACAGCUGAAUUUGUACCAUUACUGAUUUGCUGAAAAAGAGUAAAAUUAGCAGAGUUUCUAGUUAAUGGCUUUAAAAAAAACUCUAAUGAAAUCAGAAGAUCCUUGCAAGAUAAAGGCAUCUUUACUGUUAAGAUGCCUGGGCAAACGUAUCCUCUUUUGAAAGAAUCCUUCUGAUUUACAAAAAUAAAUAGCUGCAUCCAGCACUAGAGUAUAGAUUAACCCAGCAGUUCCCAACCACCUUUCUGCAGACCAGUGCCAGGCCAUGAACUGCUGGCUGCCGGGCUGGGGAGGCGCGGCCCCUGCCGUAGCUGAAUCCAACUGUUUGUGGGGGCUCACCCCAGCCCCCUGAGCCACCGCACAGUAGCCAGGCUUCAGCUCCAGCGGCCAUGAUUUUGCCUGCUGGUGGCAUGGGAGAGAAGUGGCAUUGGGAGGAGACGGAGCAUGAGGUGCCUCCCUCCCUCCUCCCCACCUCUACCAAUCAAGGCAUGAGAAGCGCUUAGGGAGGGAGGGGGCAAGGUGGAGGGUGCACGCACACCACCAAUGGCUGCUCCCCCAACGGCCACGCUCCCUAGAGGGGGCAGGCUCGCCCUGGGGAGUUUGGGAGGUGGGGUGAAGUCAAAGGGCAAAGAGGUGUUGGCUGAGGAAGUGGUGGGGUCACAGGGUAAGAGGGUAUUGGGAUGGGCUGUAGGUAUCAGAGGUUAAAGGGUCAAAGUACAUGGGAUGUAGGGCUAUAGGGGUCAAAGGGUAUUAGGCACUGGGGAGCAAGGGACUUGGCCGGGGCUUGGUUAAGGGGGGAGGAAUGGAGCUGAGGGAGGGCAGGGGUUAGAAGUCAAAGGGCAAGAGGUGAUGGGUUGCAGUGGGUCACUGGUUAUGGAGUCAGGUGUGGGGCAGCUCGUGUUUCUCUCAGGGGGCAGCAGAUCUGAGGGUGUCUGAGCAGGAUCAGGGACCUCAGAACUUGUGGAACAGGCAGUUGCAGGGUCAGUGGGGUAGGGGCAGGGUUUGGCACAACAGGCAGUCGUGGAGCAAGGGGCACCGGGGGUAGUGGGGCAGGAGUGGUGGGGCAGGAUCUGGGAAAUGAGAGGUUGUUAGUUUGUCAGGGGUCUACUGGCAGCGCCAGUAGAUGCAGGACAGGCUCCAGGCAAGACAGAGGUGGUUGACAAAAGGAAGUCGGCAGUGGGGUAUUGGGAAGUGGGAGACGGUGGGCACUGGGGUGACAGACUUGUGAGAUAAUGGGGUUAGUGGGAUACAGGGGAUAUCAGAUGAUGGGUUUGGCAGAUUUAAUAAUACAGAGACCAGGGUUGGCUGGAUGGGGUCAGAGGGUUCUGGAUUUGGAGGUAGAGGGAUGUGCAGUGACAAGAUGGGGUGAGUGGGUUGGCGGACAGGUAACAUUUUAUUGGCACAGUUGCAUAUUCAAUUAUUUGCAUAAUGAAUAUGGAAAUAUGCCAAUAAAGUAUUAGUGGUCUGCCAAAAGUUUAUGAAUGGGUUUGCCUGUCUGCAAUAUUAAAAAAAAAAAAAAGGUUGGGAACCACUUGAUUAACCAAUAGAAAAGGGUUCUCAAGUCCAGAAAAGGGAUAGCAACAAUCCUAGAUUUUUAGAUUUCACAUCCCAAUGAUUUGAUCACUGUCUAAAGUGAAAUCAUUCUAGAUUUGUUCCUUGUGCCUUCAUUUUUUUCAUCUGCAAAAUAUUCCUGUUUCCCUCCUAUAUAAAGCACUUUGAGACCCUUGGAUGCUAUAAAUGCUUGCUUAUUAAUAUUUUUAUUAUUAUUAUUCCCCUGAUUAGUCAGUUAUCUGAUUAACCAGAUGCACAAAAUUCCUGAUGGAGGUGAUAUAUAUGGUGGUUCUGCCAUCUGUUAUCAACUGCUGAGUAACUCUAGCUUAAAUGAGUUUUGGUAAGACUGUAAGGAUUCAGUUGAGAAAUAUAUACUUUAACUACUCUUUCAGUAGAUUUAAUUAAGUAUAUGCAAAAACAGUUGACACUGUAAAAUGGUUAACUAUUUUCUAAUCUUGUUUUACAUAAGGGUAUGUCUACACUAGCCCCCUAGUUCGAACUAGGGAGGCUAAUGUAGGCAUUCAAAGUUGCCUGGAAUGA